UCGCGAAUUUGAACGAUCUGAGAAUACAGUUUUACUCAGAAUUCGACGCUGAUUCCGAAUAUGUAUGACUCAUUGCGUAAUUUUUUGGGCACGAAACCUUACAUUCUGCCACUUGUCCUUUGAUAUAGCUUCGGCUAGAUUGAAUCUAGCUUCAACUGGGUACAACUAGUUGCCACCGAUUAAUCGGGCAAUUCAUUGCGCCAUUAAUUGGUCACUGCAGCGGCCGUUUCAGCUAGUACACGAUUUCAAUCAGCAUGUAGCUAGAUAAAUGUACCUUUUAAUGUAGUUAAUCUAGCUGUAAGUGGGCGCUUCAGCUAUUUUUGCAGCUAGAUUUUCUCGCUUACUCAGUUUUGCUUGGGAAAGAAAAUGAGCAGCUUCAUGGUGCAACUUAGUAGAGCAUCCUUAGAAAAAUAUUUUCAUGUCUCUAGUGUUACAAAGUUUUGCAAAAGAUCAAUUAUGACUCAACUGGAUUCCUAGUAGAACAAUAAAAAUAAAAAUAUUUCGUAUUUUUUUUAGAUUUCAGUCGUCAGUUGUCACGGAAUGUAAUUAAAUUGAGCGAUUUAAUAAAUUUGAUGCCGAAUUUAACAUGUUUGAGAUUAUCCUAUGUCAGUUUAACACAACUAAUAAAUGAAUUAGGUAAUGAUGGUAUUGAUAAAAAGAUGUUAAAAAAAUUGACUACAUUAACCAUCAAGGGGUCAAUGGAAAAUGACACUUUUAAAAUAAAAACAUUUUGUUAUAUGUUUUCUAAUAUUCAUUAUUUGACAUUAGAGAAAAUUAUGUUACAUAAUAUUUAUAUUCUAUUACCUUUAUUAUUUAGAAAAGUGAUUAAUCUGGAACUUCUUAAUAUAUCAUUGAAUGGUGAUGAUUUUGAUAUAUUUGAUAAACAACAUUUUCAACAAUGGUUAAAAGAAUUUAUUCAAUUGAACGAUUUAAAUGUUAAUGUAGAAUAUAAUAAAGAUAAUCAAAAUAUGAUUGUAUGGAAAACAAAUUGA